AGCUAAAAAGUAAAAAAUAUAUCUAUAAGCAACCCUCCAGUUGUUAAUUGGAAAUGCUUUGAAUAUCAUUGGAGUUAACGUUCUCUUUGUUCUUUUUCUUACUUUUCUUCUCCAGGCUCUGUUUGGAUGUUUUCUUUUGUCUUAUUUAUUCAAACAACCAUCAACACUGGAGUUAGUAUUUGCUUGCAGGGGAAUGCGUUCAGGAUAAAUUCUUCUUUUCCUGCGUUGGUUGUGUGCUGGGAUUCCGUUCCUAUUUGCAGACUCCAUGGAUUUGAUCAUUUCCCAUUUGAAGGCCUGUAGCUAGUCUUGUCUUUAUAUGUGUGAACUUCCCGUUACGCUAAGACUUUUGGAAGGCACAAUAGAUGCGGGGUCUUCAUAAUUUUCAUUCGACGUACACGACACCAAUACAAAACGGACUACAGUUUACCCAUUGAUGCGAAACUCAGAAUGAGUUCAGCGAUUCCGCAGCGAUGAUGUCCUGUAGCUUUAGCACUCAAGGGUUUAUAGCUAGUUCUGCCCUUUUUCAUUCUCUGCACAGAAAAAUUUCUAUCAACAGCAACACUGUAAUUAGAAAACCUCUAUUUGGGAGAAUUUUUAAUAAAGGUUUUGCAGAUCUCUUGAGGAAAGGAGUCGUUCCAGAUCUCUUGUAGCUAUUCUAUCAGAUCCAAACAGCUUUCCCCUUGCAUCGCAAUUUACAUCGCAAAUCCCUGCAUCAGCUUCUCUAGCCAACUUUCAUAUCCAAUGGCCCAUCCUCCACAACCUGAUCCUUUCCCUGAGUCCCGCCUCGAAGUCGACGCCGGUGCAGCCUUCGUUCUCGAAUCAAAAGGCGAGUGGUGGCACGCCGGGUUCCAUUUGACGACGGCGAUAGUGGGGCCUACAAUUUUGACGUUACCAUACGCAUUCAGAGGGUUGGGUUGGGGCUUGGGCUUCUUCUGCUUAACGGUGAUGGGAGUCGUCACCUUCUACUCUUACUAUCUCAUGUCCAAGGUGCUCGAUUACUGUGAGAAGGCCGGUCGCCGCCAUAUACGCUUCCGAGAGUUAGCCGCUGAUGUUUUAGGCUCUGGUUGGAUGUUUUAUUUUGUCAUAUUUAUUCAAACAGCCAUCAACACUGGAGUUAGUAUCGGAGCAAUUUUGCUUGCAGGGGAAUGCAUUCAGAUCAUGUAUUCAAACCUCUCUCCCAAUGGAUCCCUGAAAUUGUACGAGUUCAUAGCAAUGGUGACAGCAGUAAUGGUUGUUCUAUCGCAGCUUCCAUCCUUCCACUCCCUCAGACACCUCAACAUGGCUUCACUGCUUCUCAGUUUGGGCUACACUUUCCUUGUUGUUGGUGCUUGUAUUCAUGCAGGUCUCUCAAAAAGUGCCCCUAAAAAGGAUUACACGCUAGAAUCUUCCGAGUCUGCAAGGGUUUUCAAUGCCUUCACUUCCAUCUCCAUAAUAGCUGCUAUUUUCGGGAAUGGAAUACUGCCUGAAAUACAAGCAACUUUGGCCCCUCCUGCUACUGGAAAGAUGGUGAAGGGCCUUUUAAUGUGUUAUAGUGUUAUUCUGGUUACGUUCUAUUCAGCUGCAGUAUCUGGAUAUUGGGUGUUCGGAAACAAAUCCAACUCCAACAUUCUCAAAAGCCUAAUGCCGGACGAGGGACCUUCCUUGGCUCCAACAUGGGUGCUUGGCCUUGGAGUCGUUUUUGUACUACUUCAGCUCUUUGCCAUUGGCCUGGUAUAUUCUCAAGUAGCGUAUGAGAUAAUGGAAAAGCAAUCAGCUGAUGUGAAGCAAGGAAUGUUUUCCAAAAGGAACCUGAUUCCUAGGCUAAUUCUUCGGACUCUUUAUGUGACAUUCUGUGGAUUUAUGGCAGCUAUGCUUCCAUUCUUUGGAGACAUAAAUGGAGUUGUUGGAGCUAUAGGAUUUAUCCCUCUAGAUUUUGUCCUCCCAAUGCUUCUCUACAACAUGACCUACAAGCCUCAAAAAUCAUCCCUUACCUAUUGGAUCAACAUCUCUAUUAUAAUAGUGUUUACAGGAGCAGGAAUUAUGGGAGCAUUCUCCUCUAUAAGGAAGUUGGUUCUUGAUGCUUAUAAGUUCAAGCUCUUUAGCAGUGAUGUGGUUGAUUAAAUGAGUUAGCCUGCACAUAUUUAUCAAUCACUCCGCCAUCUUGCUCUGCAAUGGGGAACUAGGCCUCUUCGUUUAAAUAUGAAGAAAAUGUAGUGAGCUCGCUGCGACAAAAGAUGAGGCAGAGUAAUUUACCAUAAAAGAGUGAUGAAAAUAUCCUUCACAAUAACAACAGAAGCAUGCUGAGUAAUUGUACAUUUUACUACAUAUAAGAUGAUGUGUAAAGGCUACAAUUUUACUCCAUAUAAGAUGAUGUGUAAAGGCACAUUGAUGAAUGCAUAAGUAAAAAGACAUUUUAGCCUUAAA